GUUGUGAACUUGAAUGCUCGUGAUCACCGAGCUCAACCGCCGCAAUUUCUACACGUAAGUCAGUAGCGUGAAGCAAGACCACCGCACAAAUGACCGUAUGACCGUGUUCGACGCCACUCCGAAAAUAUAAGUCGAUGUUCUGUUCAAGGUGAGGAAGGAAAUAUCGUCCGCGCAUCUCGCUUGAUUCUGCGCCAUGAAAUGUGGCGCAUGCGGGCUUUCAACUUUCAAGUCGUCAUUCGGUCCUUCCUUCCAUUCGCCCACGGCACAGCUCCAACUCCACUCUUAUCACAAACAUACACAACGCAUCCCAGCCACUCCAGCCAGCCAAACAGUCUGCAUCACCAGAGCGAAUACCACAGAAGCGAUCCAGAGUAGAAGACGAGUCUACAGGCAACUGAAAAACAUGAUGCAUGGCCGAUGAAACUCCAGCCAACAUGCCCAAAGGCCAUCGCAUUUCCGUCAUCGGCGCCGGUCUCGCCGGGCUCACUUUAGGACGAUGCCUGCAUCAGAAAGGCAUCAAAACCAGCAUCUUCGAGAAAGCGAGGAAAUCCGUGAACAGGAAUAAUUAUGGCGUCACAUUGUAUUCCAAGUCCUAUCUACCACUGCUUCAAGUACUCCAAUUGGACGAAGCGACAUUUCGGAAAAAGGUCGCUGUAGACAGCCACCUUAUCGGAGGGACAGGAAGCAUUCGCGGCCAAGGAGAGAAAGACUGCUUCAAAGCGAACAAGAACCGACUCGAAGCUUUGCUCGCAGAAGAACUGGAAGUGAAGUGGGACCACGAGUUAACGAAUUUGGAAGCUCUGCCUGGAGCUGUCGAGCUGGAGUUCAAGAAUCACAGUCGGCAUGCGAGUACCUACGUAGUAGGAGCCGAUGGGCCGCAUUCUAUUGUGCGAGGGAAGAUCCUCCCGGAGGCUGGUCUAACGACUUUGCCAUACGCGACGUACAAUGGCAAACGACGCGUGAGUCGAGAAGAAUGGGAGAGGGACUUUGCGCCCGGCUUCGAAGGCGGAAAUGUGGUGGAGAAGAGAGUAGGGAAUGAAGGAACCACGCUUCUGCAGAUCUCACUGAACAGCGUGAGCGAUGACGAGGCGAGCAUCAACUAUGUAUUUUCGCGGCCAGCGAAGAGGUCAGGCGAGGAUGCACUGUACCGUCCGCAGCGAGAUAAGGCAGAGGCGAAGGAUGUUCCAGACGAGCUUUUCGCCGAAGUGAAAGCCUUGCAAGACCAGCUAUCUGGACCGUUGAAGCUGAUAUUCGAGCCGGAGGCGAUGAAGAAGGACAGACUACUCAACUGGCUUAUGCGAUCCCUUCACGUCGACACGACGAAACUCGGCCAGCCCGCUGAGGAAGGCAUCGUGUUGAUUGGUGAUGCAAUCCAUGCUGAACCAAUCCUAGGCGGCAUGGGCGCGAACCAGUCAAUUGAAGACGCAAUGGCCCUCGCCGAGAUCCUGGCUCAGAAAGACGCAAGGGUGCAGGGCUUGUAUGACAGGAGAGCCGGCGAGUGGCAGAAAGGGCUGAGAGAAGCCGAAAGCAGGAUCGGAAACAUGCAUGGCGUAGCAUCGAGAGCGAGUCUCUGAGAUAAGAAAGUGAGCGGAUACUGGCAAGAAGCAAUUGCGAAUCGUUUCUGACUGGUUAAAGAGGGAGAUGGUGCUAAUGGCUGCCAGCAGAUUGUGGCGUUAGAGUGGACUGCAUAAGCUCGAGCACGGCGUUUGUGAGGGUAUGUUGUGUUCAGCAGCGAAGCACAAAGGUCGCUUGAUUGCAUGCGGAGUGUCGCAGAUCUUGUUCGUAAAGGUGCAUAGUGAGCACACGGCUGGAUAUGUGGCUGGAGCAAGCUUUUUUGCUCUCCGAGGUGCUUUGGGCUGUUGCAUAAUGCAUGGGAUACCUCUUCUCUUCCCUUCCUUGCUGUUCUCGUUCGUUAUUUCAGGUUCGGCUUGUCUCCUGUCGGUCUCGUUGUUGGUGAUCAAGCGUUGGAUGCGUGAAGACUGUCGCAGCCGAUCCCGGUCCGCCCUAGGUGUUGGCAUGCUUCAUGUACGCUAAAAAUGUUGAUCACAGCAUGGCGUCCCGCAGCAAAGGGUGCGACUCACCUA